GACCUUUAUGUAGAACACAGAACAAGCAGAACUAGUUCCUUCUCAGAUGAAAAUGGCCAUCAUCGUUCUGGCAGCUCUGCUGUUGACCCUCCUGUCCGUGGGUCAGUCAGCUCCUCUGACCGACUGCGACAGUCUGACCCGGCGGGUGGAAAUCACAGGACGGGACCAGCUGUUGGGAAACUGGAGGCACAUCGGCGAGAGCUCCACCGUCCCCGUGGCCCCCAACAUGAUGAAAAGGUUUCUGGAGACAUCCUGGGCCCAACUGACCGCAGCCGAUGAGCCAGACAGUAUCAUCAUAAAACAGCUUCAGAAGGUAUUUGGGAGAUGCUUCUUCCUGAAGGCGAAGGCCACCUUGAUGAACAGCACCUUGUCCUUCGUCAGUCCUUUCACCAUCGUGGAGGUCUUCCUCACCACCAGCUGCCCCGACUGCCUGGUCGUCUCAUCCAACACCACCCUCGGUCUAACUACAUACUCGGGACUGCAGCUACUGAGUCGUAGAGACUCUGUCACACCUGCUGAGCUGGAUGAGUACAGGAAGCAGGUGAAGUGUCUGAACCUACCUGAUCCAGUCAUCCUGAACACAGAGAGAGGGUAUUGUCUUGAUGACGCCAGUGUGCAGGAUCUGACUCCAGCCAUCCACUCGGGUGGGACGGACGUCAUGGCCCAGAUGGAUGAGCUGCUGAAAAACAAGGCUGCCAUAGAGCAACUGCUGCAAGGGGUUUUCAACUCUCUGCUGCCGUCUCAGGACAACUAGUGUUGGGAUUGGGGCAGUAGAAAAUGUCUCGACUUGCUGACUUCACCAUUUUGCAAUAUGAGUGGAAAUAAACACGCGGUUCUGAGUCCCAGCUUCUGUAAGGCUGGGACCACAUGAUCAAAAAAAAAUAAAAAAUAAAUAAAAA